UCCAUUUAUGUAUGUAAAUCCACCUCGAUCCACACCCUCUUCUCCUCAACCUCCCUGCGCAAACAAUGGCUUCUUCCGACGCCGAAGCCCGCAAACUCGACCGCGAGGUCCACGACACGAUCUCGCAGCUCACCGACCGCCUCUCGGCCUUCGACGUCGGGGAUGCCGCCUCCGAGAAGGGCGUGAGGAUCAUAACCAUCGCGGGGGACAACAAAGGCGCCACGAUGAAGAAGCUGCAGGCGCUAGAGAAUCAAUACUGCAGCCACAAGGAUCAGGAUACGCAGGGGGAGGUGUGCGAGGACGGCGACGACGGCGCGGUGCGCGCGUACGCCAACAGCAACUACCAGGCGGUGAACAACUCCGUGCUCGUCGGCGGGAGCUGCGCGGCGGAGGAUCCCGGGAUACACAUCGAGGUCGUGUCGGAGAGUUUGCAUGGUGAUGAUGAUGAUGAAGACGAAGAGGAGUGUGAGCAUGAACAUGAAAGAGAAAGGAAGUAGGGAUUAGUGUUAAGCCACAAAGGAGAACAAAAUGAUUAAUGCAUGAUUAAUGCAUGAUAAAUAUGUAGUGAGUGAGUUGGAUAUGUUGGUGUUGCACACAUGAAGUGUGUGUUUGUA